CAAGAUAGUGAUGAAAGACAGAAGAGAAACCUUGUUUAUUUAAUCACAUAUUAUUUACUAGCAUAGAGAAUUUAGUGUAUAAAGGUAGGUAGAGUAUGUUCUGGGAUGAGCUAAUUAUUUUAGAAAUUGUAACCUGACAAAUUUCACAGAACAGCUGAAAUGCAGGAUGGAAAUUUCAGUAAGACUUGUGCCAAUAACAUAAGCAGACUUUUUAAAAGUGUAUUUGAGAGACAGGACUUUCUAACUAAGUGGUAGAGGUUAAAAAUUAAGAAGAUAGCUUUAGAAUUCAUAUUUAAGACCCAGCCAAAAAAAAAAAAAAAGGAAAUGCUAGUUUGAUAACACAUGCUAUUUAUGUAGUAUACUUAAUUAAGUCAGAUAUUUAAUUAUCACUGAUUAUUCUAUUUUCACUUAAUGCUCUGGAAAGCAUCCUAUCUUAAUUUCAUUUUAAAGUGCAAUACAAUCAUCCCACACACCUUCAUUUGUUCAUCUUUUUCAGGUUUAUUCCCUGCUGUCCUGAAUCUUGCUUCCAAUGCCCUCAUCACCACAAAUGCAACAUGUGGAGAGAAAGGACCCGAAAUGUAUUGCAAGUUGGUAGAGCAUGUCCCUGGGCAGCCGGUGAGGAACCCUCAGUGUCGGAUCUGCAAUCAAAACAGCAGCAAUCCAUACCAGAGGCACCCGAUUACAAAUGCUAUUGAUGGCAAGAACACUUGGUGGCAGAGUCCCAGUAUUAAGAAUGGAAUUGAAUACCAUUAUGUUACAAUUACGCUGGAUUUACAGCAGGUGUUCCAGAUCGCGUAUGUGAUUGUGAAAGCAGCCAAUUCCCCUCGGCCUGGAAACUGGAUUUUGGAACGCUCCCUGGACAAUGUUGAUUACAAGCCCUGGCAGUAUCAUGCUGUGACGGACGCAGAGUGCCUAACCCUCUACAAUAUUUAUCCCCGCACUGGGCCACCGUCAUAUGCCAAAGAUGACGAGGUCAUCUGCACUUCGUUUUAUUCCAAGAUACACCCCUUAGAAAAUGGAGAGAUUCAUAUCUCUUUGAUCAAUGGGAGACCGAGUGCUGACGAUCCUUCUCCUGAACUCCUGGAAUUUACCUCCGCUCGCUAUAUUCGCCUGAGGUUUCAGAGGAUCCGCACCUUGAAUGCCGAUUUGAUGAUGUUCGCUCACAAAGACCCGAGAGAAAUUGACCCCAUCGUCACACGAAGAUAUUACUACUCGGUCAAGGAUAUUUCGGUUGGAGGGAUGUGCAUCUGCUACGGUCAUGCCAGGGCUUGUCCACUUGAUCCAGUGACAAAUAAAUCCCGCUGUGAAUGUGAGCAUAACACAUGUGGUGAUAGCUGUGACCAGUGCUGUCCUGGAUUCCAUCAGAAACCUUGGAGAGCAGGCACUUUUCUGACCAAAACUGAAUGUGAAGCCUGCAAUUGUCAUGGGAAAGCUGAAGAAUGCUAUUAUGAUGAGAAUGUUGCCAGAAGAAAUCUGAGUUUAAAUAUACAUGGAAAGUACAUUGGAGGGGGUGUGUGCAUUAAUUGUACUCGAAACACUGCUGGCAUAAACUGUGAGACAUGCAUUGAUGGUUUCUUCAGACCCAAAGGGGUAUCUCCAAAUUAUCCAAGACCAUGCCAGCCAUGCCACUGUGAUCCAGUUGGUUCCUUAAAUGAAGUCUGUGUUAAGGAUGAAAAACAAGCUCGACGAGGCCUGGCACCUGGGUCCUGUCAUUGUAAGCCUGGCUUCAGAGGAGUGAGCUGCGAUCGUUGUGCCAGAGGUUACGCUGGCUACCCAGCCUGCAAGCCCUGCAACUGCAGUGGGGCCGGGAGCACAAAUGAGGACCCCUGUUUUGGACCCUGUAACUGCAAGGAAAAUGUUGAAGGAGGAGACUGCAGUCGCUGCAAAUUUGGGUUCUUCAAUUUGCAAGAGGAUAAUCAUAAAGGUUGUGAUGAGUGCUUCUGUUCAGGAGUUUCAAACAGAUGUCAAAGCUCCUACUGGACCUAUGGCCACAUACAAGACAUGAGUGGCUGGUAUCUGACUGACCUUUCUGGCCGUGUUCGAGUGAGCCCCCAGCUGGAGGACUUAGACUCGCCGCAGCAGAUCAGCAUUAGCAGCGUGGAGGCCCGCCGAGCCCUGCCCCAGACCUACUACUGGAGUGCGCCAGCGCCUUACCUGGGGAACAAGCUCACAGCAGCAGGAGGACAGUUGAUGUUUACCGUAUCAUAUGACCUUGAAGAAGCAAACGAAGAUGCAGAACACACACUCCAGCUUAUGGUUAUCUUAGAGGGAAAUGACUUGAGAAUCAGCUCAGCCCAAGAUGAGGUGUAUCUUCAACCAUCUGAAGAACAUAUUAAUGUGUUGUCACUUAAAGAAGAAUCAUUUACCACACAUGGCACAAAUUUCCCCGUCAGUAGAAAGGAGUUUAUGACAGUGCUUGUGAAUUUGCAGAGAGUCCUCAUACAGAUCACAUACAACUUUGGGAUGGAUGCCAUCUUCAGGCUGAGCUCUGUUAACCUUGAAUCGGCAGUCCCCUAUCCUACUGACGGAAGCUUUGCAACAGCUGUGGAAGUUUGUCAAUGUCCACCCGGGUACACUGGCUCCUCCUGUGAAAAGAGUCAUCAAGUUAAUGCUUCCUCUAAUCCCAUACCUGCCAAUAACACUAAGUCUUGUUGGCCUAGGCACAGACGAGUUAAUGGCACUAUUUUUGGUGGCGUCUGUGAGCCCUGUCAGUGCUUCGGCCACGCGGAAUCCUGUGAUGAUGCCACGGGAGAGUGCCAGGUGAGUGCUUACUCCGUGGGGGAUGCUGACGGGCAGGGCUGA